GCUUGACUCUCUCCCCUUUUUGCCUGGUCCUUCAGCCGGCAGUGAUGGCUGGGGGUGGUGGCGGCUGCCUUCCCGACGUGGACAUUGAUCCCGACGGCAUCUUCAAGUAUGUGCUGAUCCGCGUCAUACCAGAGGGGGUGGGACCCGGCAAAGAGAUUGUGCGCGGCUAUGCCUGGGUGGAGUAUCACGCUGAUAUUUAUGACAAAGUAGCGGAGGAGCUGGAGAAACAGGGCUUCCACUGUGAAUGCUUGGGUGGCGGCAGGAUAUCUCACCAAAGCGGGGCCAAGAAGAUCCAUGCUUAUGGCUACUCCGUGGGCUUUGGUCGAGCAAAGCACUCCGUGUCCACAGAGAAGCUGAAAGCCAGAUACCCAGACUAUGAGGUCACUUGGGCAGACAAAGGGUACUGAUGGCAGCAGAGACUACUCCAGAGGCGCCUCAGCCAACUUGCUUUGCCUGCUCCAUUCCUUGAUGAUGCUGCACAAACAAACUGCCAAGGGAAAUGUGCUGGUUUGGAUCUGUGUGCCAUUGCCAGACUCUGGCUGCUUACUCCAAGCCUGUGU